GGGCUGGGAUGGACGUUUAUUUUGAUUUGACAUAUUCGUUCGUUAAAUGUCGUUUAACGGUUUUUAUUUGUUUAAAAAAACAUUUUAUCUGUUAUCAAAUAUCAAACUUGUAAAUGAAAAAAAUACACUGCACAUACACUGUUAAUUACAUUUCCAUUGAAUACUCUUAAAAAUGGGGAUGCCAAAUAGUAAAUUUGGUAAAGAAAUUCCAAAAGAAGAUUUACAUGAGGGAAGUGUACCCUCUACUCCAAUAUUAACUCCUAAAACAAUAGUGGAAACAGAGUUGGAUCCUCGAUCACCAAGUUUACACAUAGCCAGAACUCCAUUAGAGGUAUUGUGUGCUGUUGCAGAGAAACUAAAUUGUGAAAAUGAAACACCCAUAAGAAAUAAAAACAUUAUUCAAGAAAUUGACCCUAGAUCUCCAACAACUGAUUUUAGGCGAACACCAAUAGUAUUGGAAAGUUGUUAUGAUUCGACAAAAAAGCUUUAUAACAAACAUUUGAACAAAGUACGAUUAUCAGAAAUGACUCAAACUACUCCUAAUCCUGCAAUUAAUAAAAAAUCUGCAAUACCACCUAAGUUACUAGAAAGCAGCCCAAUACAAAGAAAAGUAGAAGCUUAUAAGAGGCGUUCAUUGGUAGGUUUGUUAGAAACUAAUGUAGAUUUCACGGAGACUGAUUUAGACAAAAUAUUACAAGACAAAUGUAAGGUUGAAGAAAAUCCUCAAAAUAAUGGAAUGGAUGAGAAUAUAAAUGAAGUGUGCAAUGGAAAGUCAGAAGAUAAAUUGCCAGUAGAUAAUGAAGAUGAUGGUUUACAACAGUUAUCUUUAAAUGAAAUUGGCAACAAUAAUGAAGGCACUAUAGUAAUAUCCGAUGAAAAUGAAACUAAAAAAGAUGUUGAAAAUGAUGGGAAACAUAAUAAUGCAGUUGAUACAGAUAACAAAUGUGAAGAAGAAAUCGUAUAUGAAGAACACGUAUUUGAGAGAACAAAAAUGCAUAUUUUACGUAGUCCUAAAUCUGCACCCUGUUCUCCGGUAAAAGUUUCUAAACUCAAAGAGAUAAAGUCACAACCUUUAACACCUCAUAUAGAUUUAACAGCAGAUAUCAAAGAAUUAGAUAAGAAAUUAACAAAUCUUAUAUAUGAAGAUAACGACCUUGUGGUAUGUCCAAGAAUUGUACAGUUACGUGAAAAUAAAGACAGGCCAGCCUUAAAAAGUUGUAAUGGGAAUGAGACAAGAGCCAAAUCUGUACAAAACCUUAAAGUUAGUGACAAACCUAGAAGAUCUGAUUAUGCUGUUAGUAAGAUACCUGUGUUUAGAGAGAAGAAGGGAAUUAGAGCAAGGAAUGAUGUUCAGUGUGAAAAUACACCUCCAAGAAACAUGGAGAAGAAAUCAAUUAAAAACAAAAAAAGUGACUGGGAUAACAAAGAUACUACAUUGUAUUUAUAAAAUUGUAAAUAGAUUAGAUUAGUUAGGUAUAUUUCUUGCCAAACAUUUCUUUGAGAUUGUUUGUGAUUUUCAGACUUUGAUAAAAAAAAUACUCUGGUAAUUCUUAGGAUCCGAGUUGUAUGCUUUUAUGCAUAACGAUAAUCGUAUUCUAUUAUGUUGCAUAUUUUUUGUUUAAUAAAAGUAUUUCAGUGUUUCUCACUAACUUGCGUGUGUUUGAGGCCAAAAUCAAUACUUGGUACAAUGCGUUGCUAUACUACAAUCACAAUAAAGAUGCACUAGAAAUAGACAAACCAAGACACGAAUGUUACGAGGAGUACUCUGAAAUUACCAUUUACAAUGUAGAUACAUUGUAAAUCCCAAUUCAUGAUUUACAAAGUUUAUACGUUGUAAAUCAUCAUUCGGGAGUGUUCGUCGUAACGUUCAACGUGUCUUGGUUUGUUUAUUUCUAGUGCAUCUUUAUUGUGACUUUAGUGGGUCGCGGACGUUUCCCCAACUGUCAUCAAUACGACUAACUUCACGCGUAACUUUGAUACGAGAAUUAUAAAAAAAUAUGCAUUGAAAUCCAGAUCCCGUAAUUUUUUAAGCGUUAUAAAGUGAGUACAAAGACAUACAUAUUUCUUUCUUUGUAAUUAUAGCUUCAAUUUACCGUACACUUCUCGUAGACUCUGCCGAUAAGGUAGAGUCGUGUUGGGGAAGAGUCGCGCACCUGACUUUAGUAUAUUUGUGUAUUCUUUUUCUCAUUAUCAUCUUUCAGUGCGUCACAGUUUUUCGAUUUCUCUCUAACGCAUUAAAUUGUAUGUGACAGAAAAAAAGGCACGUCUGGGAAUACUUCGGUAAUUAUUCUAGUUCGGUGAUUAUUCUAGUUGUCGAUAGAUGGCGCCAUAAUCAAAAAAGAAUUAUUUAUUAAAUAAAAUAAUAAUAUUAUCAAUAUAAUCUGUACAAUUUAUAAGACUAUACAAAUGAAAGAAAAUACCAUUUUAUAAAUGCAAUAGACACAAUUGAUUUGGUUUUAUUCCAAAUUGAAAAUAAAAUUUGACAACUGUCAGAUUUAACUAAAAUGUCACGUUAGAAUAAAUGUCAUAAAUGUGUAUUAUCACGGACUUACCUUUUUUUCUAUAAUUUGUGACGCACUGAAAAAUGUUCAUGAAAAGGAGAAUAAGUUUUAUGUACAGUCCCUGCUCAAUAUAUUAGACUCACCGUAGAAAAGGCAGUUUUUUUUAAUUUCAAGCACCUUAAAAGUAUCUUCAAAGUGAUAGGAACUGCUAAUCGGGUUAAAUAAUAAUUACUUAAUAAUUGUGAUACAUAAUUUAAGUUAAAAAUGGUAAAAAAUUUUUGAAUUGUGAAAACUUGAAGAUGGUAAUAGAAUGUGCUAAAAAUGCACAAGGACUCGACUUUUUUCAACUUUAGUUUUUUAGUUAAAUUAGUAAUUGGUGUUCAGUUUUCGUAAAAUUUGCAGUGGUGAGUGUUAAUAUUGUUCUAUAUUAAUGUUUAUUUUAAUUUCUUUAAUUUAUUUUAAGAUAUUAAUACCAAUAUGUUAAUUUUUAAAAGACGAAUAUCUCGGAUUGAAAUUUUUUCAUAUGAGUAAUUGUAAAAAUUUGUCUGUUAAGCAGAUCUCUUUUACUGUUUUAUUAGAAAAUACCACAUGUAUCAAAGAUAAAUAGCAAAAAAAUGGCAUAUCUUAUCGUCAGUUGAAAGGUUGGGCUAAAAAAUUAAAGAGACACAUCCUGUUACAUCGAUUUGAAGGGGUCAGUAUGGCCGAAAUAUUUCAGUCACCCCCAGAAAGCAACGAUUUUUAAAGAAUUUGGCUGUAAAACACAGAAGAGUCACCCAUAGCGAUAUAACCAAUAAAUUGGAAGAAUCAGAGUGUUCAGUAUCGGAGUCCACUGUACGCCGAAAUUUGUACAGUAUGGGAUUCAAAUGUUAUAGGCCAGUUAAGGAACCAAAACCAUCACCACAAAUGUCAAAGAAACGCUUAGUUUCGGCUAAUUUGCACAAAAAUUAUAUGGCAAUAGAGUCUUUAUGCAAAUUGGCCCAAACUAAGCGUUUUUUGAGCAUUUGUGGUGAUAGUUGGCUAUUUUCUUGGUUCCUCAACUGGCCUAUGAGAUUUGAAUCCCAUACUGCACAAAUUACGUGUACAAAUUAUGCGUACAGUGGACUCCGAUACUGAACACUCCGAUUCUUCCAAUUUAUUCCGUAUAUCGCAAUGGGUGACUCUUCUGUGUUUUACAGCCAAAUACUUUAAAAUUCCUCGCCCUCUGGAGGUGACUAAAAUCUUUCUAUCGUACCGACCGCUCCAAACCGAUGUAACAGGAUGUUUCUCUUUAAGUUUUUGACCCAACCUUCGAACUGACGAUAAAGAUAUGCCAUAUUUUUUUGCUAUUUCUCUUUCAUACAUGUGGUAAUUUCUAAUAGAGCAGUAACAGAAGAGAGCAGAAAAGAUUUGCUCAACAAAAAGAUCUUUACAAUCAUCCAUAUGAAAAAAUUGCAAACGACGACAUUCGUCUUUUAGAAAUUAACAUAUAUUUAUUAAUAUGUUAAAAUAAAUUAUACAAAUUAAAAACUAACAUUAAUAAAGACUAAUAUUAACACUUACUACUGCAAAUUUUACGAAAAUUUGAAUAUCAACCACUAAUUUAAUUAAAAAAGUAAAGUUAAAAAAGUCGAGUCAUUACACCCUUUUAGCCCAUUGCCAUCUGCCAAGUUUUCACAAUUUAAUCAAAAGGUCUCACCAUCUUUAUCUUAAUUAUGUAGCACGAUUAUCAGGUAAUUGUUAUUUAACCCAUUCAGCAGUACCGUAUGACUUUGAACAUACUUUUAAGGGGUUUCAAAGAAAAAAAACUGAUAUUUCUAGGGCGAGUCUAAUAAAUUGAGCAGAGACUGUAUAAUAUGUGUAUUUUAACAUGUCAUUGUAAUGUAACACCAUAGGCCAUAGAAUUUUAAGCUAUGAUUAAAUAUCGACGGUUGAAAGGAAAGGUUGUAAUUUUUUCACAAAUCAACUUUUUUCAGGAAAUUGAAAAACGUUCCAUUUAAGUAAUUUCAUGAUGAAUUAACCUAAUAAAUUUUUUCAUUAAUUUAUAUAUCAAAGUUGAUUUGUGGGUUACAACUACAACCAUAGAUAAAGAAUAUACUUACAACCUUUUACCUUCCAACCGCCGAUAUGUAUCAUAAAUUAAUUAAGUAUACUUCAAAUAUACCUAUACGAAUAGAAUUCCAAGAGUUAAAAUAACAUCAAAGUAGAGACAUUAUUUUAACAAAUUCUUAAAUAUGCUACAGAGAAAUAAAGAGGUUGUGCUUUCUAGAAAAAGCUUCCAAGUUGUACCAAUCUUCUUUAUGUAUCAUCUGCUUUUAGGAGAUUGGCAAUAAUAACAAAUACUUUUACUUUUGAUACUGCAGCUAUGAAUAGCAUAGACUUAUAUUAUCAUAGACAGAGUGUCAUUCAGAGCGAAGUGACGACACCAUCUUUUUAUUUGGCUUCUGUUUCACUCUUACGCAUAGUAAAGCUGUGACAGUUGUUCUCCCCUUCCGUGCCUAUACUCACACUUAAUGUCAUCUUAGUUUCUGGAUACAAUGUGCUAGAAAGAGAUACCGCAAACCAGUCCAUGAGAUCUUGUCAUCAGGAAGCGAGGGGGUAGGUUCACUCUAUAUUAAUAUAUACCUCUAUGAUGAAUAGGUGACCAGCUCUACAUAUAUAUAGGGCUUUUCAUUCACGGUCAUUUGUUUAGAACUCCUGUCAUCUGUCGUAUAAUCCGUGUAUAUUAAUAUUAUACACAGAUUAUACAACAUAAUAUGACAUCAGCUAGAAACAAAUGACAAUCGAUGAAAAGCCCGUAUACCAAUCAAAUAAUCAGUUAACAUAUUCACGGACACAACUGCAUAUGCAGACAUUUAUAAAGGGACAUGACUGUAUGAAGAUGCCGUGCUCCACUCUCCUUGUAUUAUCAUGUAUAGCAACAAAUACUUAUCUUAUCACAUGAUACUACAAACUUUGCAACUUUUUUCAUUAUUCGUAAUACCUCAAUUUGUUACUCUGUCAACAUAUUUUUAAUUUAUUGUUCUCUAGUCAACAUAUCAAAUGCUUCUAUUCAGCAUUUUAGUUAGUUCACUUUCCUCUUCCUCACAUCUACUCCUGCUCCAGGAGUAUUUGUAAGUCUUGUAUAGUCUCAUCACAAGUAUAUUCUUAAUUUCUGCAAUUGAUAUUAAAAUGGUUUUAAUAUGCUGAACAAGAAUGAGCAAAGUUGCCUUGCUUCUCUGUGUAUCCCUAUUUUUUCAGAAAAUUGUUUUCUACAAGCUUUAUCAAACGUCUUAUUGGAGUUGAUGAAAUAAACAGAGUAUUUGAUUAACAUCCAUAUAUCUUUGAAUGAUUAUAUUAAAUCUCACUAAUGUCUCUCGUGUGGUAUUACUAAAACCCAAACUGAGAUUUAAUACACAUAUUAUUAGGGUUUUCUAAAAAUUUUGAAUGUGCAAUUGAGGCGCUCAGUGCAACAGUGGCCUAAGCCACAAAUUGAGUAUUUUUAGAUUAAUAUAUCAAUAAAAGCAACAACAUUCAAUCUUCGGAUCAACAAGGGUCUACACAACCUACCUCUAUAUUUGCAAAGCAAAUAUAGAGGUAGGUUGUGUAGACAACAUAAGCAUAAUUGCAAAGAUUGUAUUUAUCUCAUAACUUCGUUUUUGGGGUUAGGCCACUGUUGCCCUGAGCGCCUCAAUUUUUAGGUACAUUUUAUAUAUUUGUAUUAGACAGAUCUUGAAUUUGAUUUUUUUUUUUGGCAAUGUAAUAAAUGUUGAUUUCUCUCAUUUUUCUCUUUUAAAUUUUUUUUUCUUUGAAUUCUGUCAGGUCCCAUCACUUUAUUUGAUUUUGCUAAAUUUAUUGCAUUUGACAAGAUUUACUGUAACUAAUAAAUCUUGUUAUACUUUAUUAAUGGUAUAUCCCUCAUGAAGUUUAGAUAAUAGUACCCUUGUGUUUAACCAAUAUGUUAUCUAUGACUUGAAAUUUUGGUUGUAGUACAAAACAAAAACCUACGAACGUAGGUUCCAUUUUUUUCAUUAUUCAAUAAUCGCAUAAUAUAGUCUGAGUAUGAUCUUAAAAUAAAUAGAGAUGAAUAUCUUAUACUAAUACUUUGCCUUACUGCUAAUUAAGACUAAGAUUUACCAGUAAGUAUUAUCACUGAGAAAAUCAUUGUUUGAUUUGAGUUCUAGUAGUAUUAAUAUUACUGCAGUUGGCACUUUGUAUUUGACAAAUUGUUGUCACUGCAGUUAACAAUAAGUUUGUAAAAUAUAUGCAAAUGUUUAAUAAAUUGGAUUGAAAACUA